AUGGCUAAUACUUCCUAUCGUCUUCGUUGUCAAUUAUAUGGACAUGAGUCAGAUGUCCGUUCUGUCUCGACAAUAACUGAAUACGAUGGUAUUGUUAGUGGAUCAAGAGAUAAAACAGCAAGAAUUUGGCGUCCAUCAGAUAAAACUUCAUUUGAACAACGUGCUGUGUUGAAAAAUCAUACACAUUAUAUUAUUGCUACAUGUUAUAUUCCCCCUAACAGUGAAUUCCCUGACGGUCUCAUUGUAACGGGAGGCAAUGACAAAAAAAUUUGUGUCUAUUCAGCUAAACAAGGAAUAUAUUUAUUUACAUUGGAAGGACACGAGCAAACUGUUUCAAGUCUUUCACAUGUACCACAAACUGAUCAAUUACUAAGUGGAUCAUGGGAUUUUACAGGACGUAUAUGGUCUUUAUCGACGAAAAAAUGUAUUCAAACUCUUAAAGGACACAGUAAAGCAAUAUGGGCUAUUAUUUCUAUGGGCGAUGUUACACAAAAUUCGAACAUUAUACUAACAGGUGCUGCUGAUAACAUAAUUAUGGGUUGGAAGAAUCAAGUGAAAUUUCAAACAUAUGAAGGUCAUACAAAUUGUGUUCGAUCAUUAACAUCAAUAAAUGCAAAUGAAUUUUUAUCAUGUUCGAAUGAUUUUAAUAUUAAACGUUGGAAUGUUAUUUCUGCACAAUGUUUACAAACCUAUGUAGGUCAUACAAGUUUCGUUUACAGCGUAGCAAUGGUUUCUUCGGAUCAAUUUGCAUCUGUAAGUGAAGAUCGUUCAUUACGCUUAUGGUCAGUUAAUGCAGAUGAACCCAAACAAACGAUUCGACUACCAACAGGGACUGUUUGGAGUGUUUGUUCUUUAACGAACAAUGACAUGGUUGUUGGAAGCAGUGAUGGACGUAUAUUUAUAUUUACUAAAGAUACGUCAAGAACGGCAACAAUGGAAGAAAUUGCAGCAUUUGAACAAGAAAUAGCUUCAACAAGUAUUCAAACAAAAACGGGUGAUUUAGGAGAAGUGAAAAUCGACGAUUUACCAAAUGAGGAUGCAUUGAAAAAGCCAGGAACACGUGAAGGUCAAACAACAAUGAUUAAUAAGGGUAAUGGACAUGUUGAAGCAUAUCAAUGGAAUAUGCUUGAUCAAAGAUGGAUGAAAAUCGGUGAUGUUGUUGGUUCAGCUGAUAGUACAGCACAGGGGCAAGCAUCAGCUACAGGCGAAAAAAUUAUGUUUGAAGGACAAUAUUAUGAUUAUGUAUUUAAUGUUGAACUUGAUGAAGGUGUUCCACUUAAGCUUCCAUAUAAUGUAACAGAUGAUCCAUGGUUUGCUGCACAAACAUUUAUUCAACGACAUGAAUUAAGUCAAAUGUUUCUUGAUCAAGUAGCACAAUUCAUUAUAACAAACACAAAAGGAAUGGUUAUUGAUCAAAGUGCAUCUGAUUAUGUCGAUCCAUUUACGGGUGAUGUACGUUAUGUUCCGAUUGGAACAUCACCGAUGGAUACAACAGGACCGCAAACUAAUAAUGAUCCAUUUACUGGCACUGGACGUUACGUUCCUAAUGUAACUCCCAAUGUAAGUUUAUCAUCAACUAGAAAAGAAACAACAUCAAAUCAAGAUCCAUUUACGGGUGCUGGUCGAUACACACCAAACGAUAGUAAUGAUCAACCAACACGACCAUUGUCUGCUUCACAAUCAACUGUUAUAAAAACAGAAGAUGCAGAACUAACAGCAGCAUUUCCUCAAGCUCAUUAUAUUACUAUGCGUAAUGCAGAUAUAAGUAAAAUUCUAGGUAAACUAAAAGAUUUUAAUGACAAUGCAACAGGUGAUGGUCUUCGUUUGCUUGAUAAUCAAAUACAACAAAUCAAUGAAUUAGUCAAUGGGAAUACAAAUAAUGUUGAAAUGAAACUAAAUCUUUUAUUUCAAUUGCUCAAAUGGCCUAUUGAUAAAAUCUUUCCUAUAUUAGAUAUAAUUCGUUUAAUUAUUCUCAAUGUUGAUGUUUGCAAAUAUGUUUUUGAGAAUGACAUUAAAUCAAACGAAUUUAUUACUCAACUAUUUACAUAUCUUCAACCAGAACAAUCAGCUAACACAAUGUUUAUAUUUCGUACUCUAACAAAUUUAUUUUCAAAUGAUUUAGGUGAAAAAUAUAUGAUUAAAAAUCGUAAUUCAAUUUUAGCAAAAAUUCUUAUAUGUUUACCAUUAACGAAAAAAAAUACUCAAAUAGCAUUAACAAAUGUUAUUUUAAAUUAUUGUAUUUAUGCUUAUCGAAGUAAUGAUGAACGUCUUUCGGAUUAUUUAUAUGAAUGUUAUAAAGAGUUUGUUGAUAUACAAUUUGAAUCGGAUGGUGCAAAACGUCUUAUACUUGGUUUAGGAACAUUAUUUUGUACCAAUGCUGACCUUGUUCUUAAUGUACAAACAACAUCUGAUAACAAUGCAAAACGAUUUUUUACUGCCCUGGAAAAAUCAGCAUCUCAAUUAAAUGCUGAUACACUUGAAUGCUUUGAACGAUGUCGUGCACUUGUUAAAAAUUUGUGA